CGAUCUUUCAACACGGCCGACAAUACACACGCGAUCUCGGAGGUGCCAUUAAACAAAUAGGCUGAUUCGACACUUGGGCGUGCCAUAGAGUGAUGUUUCGAUAUGAAAGUAAUUUGAAAUCCUUGGUCUCCUCGUCUGGCCACGAGGAAACGCGCGAUUGGAGCCAAAUUAUCAACUCUCUAGGCUCCGUGCUAAAUGAAUUAUCCAUCAAUGACUUUGAGCCGCGCAGCAUCCCGCCUAGUCUGCUCGAACAAUACUUGGGGUCUGUGCCGAGCCUGGAGUCAUCUGUCGUUGACGGGCUUGUGUCACGCUACCUUAGCCAUCCAGACAGGAUGGACCUUGCGCGCCCAUUAUCUUCGAUUUUGCUUUCUGACCGCUCCGACGAAGCAGUUUCAGGGGAAAUGUUGGAGAUGAUUGGCUAUGACGAAAUAGAUUUAGCCAUGAGCAUAAUUUCACAACGACGGCCGUUUGGACAAAAGUUGCGUGAGAUCGAACUAGACACAAAACCGUCUUCUCAGGCCACUACUAAGCUCAAGCGUGGAAAGAAAGGUCGAGCUGAAGACGAGCCAGGCGAAAAGGUGUAUUUGACUCCUGAACAAGCUAAGCGCAAUAUGGAAGCUUCUCUAAGAGUUGGGACCAAUCAUCCACUUUUCACCCACACGGCGGGGCCUGAGGUACCCGUGUACCCCAAUGUAUUUGCUUCAAGUUCAAAUAACGGGACUAUACUCUCAUCGUUUGGAACGAAAUUCACACUUCCUAUUGGGACCACCCGUGAAGACGCAGAAGAAUGGGAGGAGGUCACAAUCCCUCCAGCAAACACGGUGCCUCCACGCAUGACUGAGCGUCUGAUCAGGAUUGCUGAUCUUGAUCCUCUUGCACGAGGCUCUUUCCCCGGAUACACAACCCUCAACAGGAUACAAUCCAUUGUUUUCUCCGCAGCCUACAACACCAAGGAGAAUCUCUUGAUAUGCGCACCUACUGGCGCAGGAAAAACAGACAUUGCCAUGCUCACCAUUCUACGAGUUUUAAAUGAAUACUCCAUCAAUGGACCUCGGGCGGCCGGUUCCUCAGCAGAAAGCAUACAUCGCGAUGACUUCAAGAUCAUAUACGUAGCCCCCAUGAAAGCUCUGGCGUCGGAAAUCGUCCGCAAACUCGGGAAAAGGCUUCAAUGGCUUUCAAUUCGUGUCAAAGAGCUAACAGGGGAUAUGCAAAUGACCCGAGCCGAAAUUGCUGAAACCCAAAUUAUCGUAACAACCCCAGAAAAAUGGGACGUUGUAACACGUAAACCAACUGGGGAAGGUGAACUGGCAUCAAAAGUCAAGCUCUUAAUAAUUGACGAGGUGCAUCUGUUGAAUGAGGACCGAGGUGCCACGAUCGAGACGAUUGUAGCUAGAACCCUCCGUCAGGUUGAAUCGACCCAAUCCUUUAUCCGAGUUGUGGGACUGAGCGCUACUCUGCCAAAUUACGUUGAUGUGGCCAAAUUCCUCCGUGUCUCACCAUAUACUGGACUAUUCUUCUUUGACUCAUCAUUCCGCCCGAUUCCUCUGGAGCAGCGUUUUCUUGGGAUCAAAGGCAAAGCAAACUCCCCUCAGUCACGCAGAAGCAUGGACAAAGCAGCAUUUACAAAAGUCUCAGAACUGAUCGAGCAAGGCCAUCAAGUUAUGGUCUUUGUUCAUGCGCGGAAGGAAACAGUCAAGGCUGCCCUAGCAUUAAAGGAGGCAGCGACAGUGGAGGGUAUCUCCGACGAUUUCAGCUCAAAAGAUCAUCCUCUAUUCGAGUUGUAUCGUCGAGAGAUUGGUGCUUCGAGGAACAAGGAGAUGAAAAUGCUUUUUGAUCACGGCUUCGGAAUUCAUCACGCUGGAAUGCUCCGUUCAGACCGCAACCUAAUGGAACGUAUGUUCGAGGCUCGCGUGAUCAAAGUCUUAUGUUGCACAGCAACCUUGGCUUGGGGCGUUAACCUUCCUGCUCAUGCUGUAAUAAUCAAGGGCACCCAGAUAUACGAUAGUGCUAAGGGGUCGUUUGUGGACUUGUCAGUCCUUGAUGUGCUCCAGAUAUUCGGACGCGCCGGCCGCCCAGGCUUUGAAACAAGUGGAGUUGGCUACAUUUGUACCACGCAUGAUAAGCUCGACCAUUAUUUGAAUGCCGUUACCGCUCAGCAUCCGAUUGAAUCCAAGUUUGUCGGGGGGAUGACCGAUGCCCUCAAUGCUGAGAUCUCUCUAGGGACCGUUUCAAGUAUCACUGACGCUGUACAGUGGGUUGGUUACACAUACCUUUUUGUCAGGAUGCGACGGAAUCCCACAGUGUACGGUAUCUCGUAUGAUGAAUUGAGAGAAGAUCCUGACCUCCUCAGUCGACGACACCACCUGAUCACCACUGCGGCCAAAAAAUUAUCCGGGGCAAACAUGGUCCAGUUCAACGAAUCCUCAGGAACGUUCUUAAUUAAAGAUCACGGAAGGAUCGCAGCAAAGUAUUAUAUCAGUCAUUCCACCAUCGGAAUUUUUAACAAGGAGUUGAGGCCCAUCAUGACGGAGGCUGAUGUCCUUGCGUUGCUUAGCAUGAGCACCGAGUUUGAUCAGAUCCAACUUCGAGAAUCUGAAUUGGAAGAGCUUCGAAGAUUAUUAGACGAGAUACCAUGCGAAGUUAAAGACGGUACUGACACCAGUAAAGGAAAAGUCAACAUCUUGCUUCAAGCACACGUUUCAGACCUACAUGUCGAAGAUUUUGCGCUGGUUUCAGAUACCGCAUACGUAGCUCAGAACGGCGGCCGGAUCAUACGAUCUCUGCUGGAGUUGGCACUUAGUAAGAAAUGGGCUAAUGUUUCAGCUGUCCUGGCGGCUCUAUGCAAAGCCGUUGAAAAGCAGAUAUGGUCGUUUGAAAACCCUAUGAAGCAAUUCAAGCUGCAUGCGGACCUCUUGCACAAUUUGAGGAGCCGAGCAAAUGACUUUACGCCUGCAGAACUGGCAACCAAAACAUCGGCUGAGCUUGGGCGGCUUCUUCACAUGAAUGACCGGCAUGGGGCUGCUCUUUUGAAAGCUGCAAAACAGUUCCCGUCUGCCGAGAUCACUUAUGCGCUCCGACCGCUGAGUCCUUGUCUACUCAAAAUAUCGGUUCGCAUCACACCGACUUUCGAGUGGAAUAAUAAACUCCACGGAGUCAGUGAACCGUUUUGGAUAUGGGUAGAAGACCAUUCCGGAGCAAACAUACUGCAGCACUCACAUCUUCAGUUUCGGCAAGGUGGUGGACCGCUAGAAGUUGAUUUCAUCCUUGGCAUAAACGAUCAGCCUCCACCUUCUGUCACUCUCCGAAUUCUGUCGGACACAUGGCUAGGAGCAGAGGAAGAGGUGCCUAUCUCGCUUGAGGACCUCAUAAUGCCGCAAACCGCGUUAAGCCACUUAGAACGAUUGGAGAUACCUUUCCUACCUUUUAGUGCAUUAAAUGAUGCUGAUUUGGAGAGGACGUACGGGUCCACUAUGCGGAGGUUCAAUUCUAUCCAAACUCGGUGCUUCUGGAGCUUAUACAGGAUGUCCCGGAACGUCAGUAUCUGUGGGCCGGUAUCCGGUGGGAAGUCGCUUUGUGGACACCUUGCGGUAUGGCGCAAUUUAUCAAAGUGCCCAACCAAACAUUCCAUUGUCGUCAUGCCAUCUGCCCACGAAGCAAGGGUCUUGGCUACAACUUUGCGCGAGCUCAGCCAUGAACUUAGAGUGGACGUUUUGACCUCAAAGGCAGGCGGGCGCCUGAUGGCUAGACCCAAGGCUGUAGUGAUUAUUACCCCUGGCGUCCUUCUUGCCUGCCUGGAUGAUCCAAAGAAUCGCGACUUCUUUCAAAACCUAUCGCUUGUGGUCUGUGAAAAUUUGGAACUACUUAACGACGAAUACGAGAUUGCGGUAUCUUUGCUACUUCACGUUACACAAUCGGUGCCGGUCAGAUUUGUCGCCAUUAGUGCCUCCCUUAACGAUCCACUUGACUUAUCGCGGUGGCUUCGAAUAAAGGCCGAAGAUAUAUUCAACUUUUCCCCCAACGACCGCGAUCAGUUGCUGCCCCCGCCAGAGUACCACCCUUCCCCCCUACGCCAUUCCCCAGCUUUGUUCAAGUCCAUGAUCCGACCAGUUCAUUCCAUUUUACGAUCUAACCGGGAGAAGAGCACCAUUGUCUUUGUGCCAUCACGAAGUCAAUGUCGCGUUAUAGCAAACGAUCUCCUAACUCGAAGUGCAGCGGAGAUGGAUACACGGGGAUUUCUUGGGAGUGAAACAGAUAUUCAGGACCUAGAAUUUCGCCUCACCAACAUUCGCGACCGAUCGCUAAUGGACGUGUUGUUGCAUGGAAUUGGGGUAUAUCAUCAAGGACAGCAUUCCACUGACCGGCUAGCUAUUCUUGAACUCUUCACAGAGGGUGCCAUCAGCGUCUUGAUUGUCCCCCAUGAUCUAUGCUGGACGCUCCCGGUGCAUGCUAAUGUCGUUAUUGCAAUGGGGACGCAGUAUUUGCAAAUCGAGGAUACGGAGAUAUCCAGGGGUCACCGACGCUUCAUCAACUAUCCCAUUCAAGAACUAGUACGCAUGCAAGGUCUCGCUGUACGAUCAGGGCAAAGUGGCGCUUUUCACCUUUUUUGCCAGGCGGAAGAGCGUGACACGUUCAUCCGCUACUUCGAAGACGGGCUGCCACUAGAGUCGACUCUACAUGGUUUGAAUGGUACGCCUUCCAAAGCCCUUAUGUCGUGGCUGGCUGGACGGAGAGCGAGCGGGUCGAUAAGAGGAAAGCAGGAUAUGAUGGACUUUUUAUCUUCUACGUUCUUGGCGAGGCGGAUAAGGAGCAAUCCGGUCUACUACGAUACUCGACCAGCACUGGUUGAAGAAAGACUGUCUUCAAUGGUUGGCGAGCUUUUCGAACAAACGGAGGUGACCCAGGCUUCGACGACACUUCCAGCGAUGGCCAGUUGAGUCUGAACCAUGUAGGUUCAGGAUCCAUUAAACUCCAAAGUGUUUGCAAAGCUAUCUAUGAUCAAUACGAAACCAUUUUUCGC